CAUUAUUGAUUUUCCACAAAAAUCCCCCCGGUGGCGACAAUGCCAAGUUGAUGGAGUCAUCCUAUGGCACAAUCAUUAGACAGUGGCCGCCGGCCCUGAUGUUCAAAGACACUACACCCAUCAGCCACAUCUUCAGAAGCAUCAACUUUGCAGAACUACCAGCCACAGCAACAACAACAGAUCAACACCACCGAAGAAAGUCGUGACCGUCGAUCACGAAUCGAUACUUGCCGUUGUUCCUGCUUCUGCCGCCGAUCCUCCCUUAUCAUUAUUAUUACUGCUUCUUCUUCGUCAUCUUUGAGGUUUUUUUCCAGAUCACCGGGUCGUCACCGCGGUUGUCGAUCGUCACUGCGCAUCAACCUGCGCUGCCUUCGGGAUCGACGACGACGACCGGUUCGGUGACUCCUCCCCCUCUUGGAGGUCCCGCGGGAUGAUUGGAAUGUCAGCUUGACGGUUUGUUGUUAUGGGUCUGCGUAUUAUCGCUGGCUCAGGUUUGCCCGGAGUUCAUUUAGUUUAAUAAACUUAUCUCCCGCAACCGGAUUGACAGGUAUGACGACUUGCGACGUGGACGACGACCUGCAUUGCGUCGAUACUGGCGGUGAUGAGUAAAUGAUGACGACCUGCUGGUUCAUGUUUGAAACUUUAUGGCAAAUAUAUUUCUAUUCUAGUGUAGAUUCUAAACAAACUUCAUGCUACAUAGAAAUGAGUUGAUAAGAAAAAGCUCCACUAUUAGCUUCAUUAGCUUCAGUUUCAUUCAUAUUAUCAGUCUUAAAACUGCACUGAACAGGCAUGGUUGCAAUAUUGGCACUUAGGUUUCCAGCAAAGAUGAAUCUUCUAAUUUUAUUGAUUUUUGCGGGUCUUCGAGCGGCCAUCGCCACCGAUAUAACCUUCCGAAAUCACUCUUGCGUCCCAACCGGAUUCUCUAAUGUGUGCUUCCUGGACAGAAUAAGCUACAACCCUCAUGAUCAACGCGUGAUCCACCGCUUCCCUGCUAACCUCACGCAUGUACGACUGGGGGGUGAAGUCGUAAAGUUUCGUGAUUUCAAAAUUCAACACUUUGAUACCAAGCUGUACGGCAUGAUGGGCAAACCUCGCACCCUGGAGGUGAUCAACCUAUGGGUAAGGACUAUCCAACUGCCGAGAACAGUUCAGCAUGCAAACUUCCGGAGAAAUAUAUUGGAUCAGUUCGAGGUGGAACCCGGUGAAGACGCUCCCUUGGUAACAUACUUGCACCUAGGAAAAAACUGGCUAAGCAACAUUGCAAAUCUCAGUGUUUUAGUAAAUCUUGAAGUGCUACUGCUGCAAAACAACCACAUCGAACACUUUGAUCACUCAACCAUGCAGAACCUAACCAAGCUGAGGCACCUAGAUCUGACCCACAACUUCCUCACUCAGUUCUCCACGCAAGUUUUCCCAAAAAGCCUAACCUAUCUAAGUCUGAACUCCAACGAAAUCAAACUCCUCAACUACGAUGGCCUAUACUUCCCCCCGCUAUUAACCCUCAACCUGGAACGCAACGACCUCCCCUCGAUCGAUGCAUCCGCAUUGAUCCUGGCGAUGCCCAAGUUAAAAAUGGUCCGCUUUGCUGGGAACCCAAUCGAUCCGAGCGAGUUCCGCCUGGCGGUUCAGCAGUUCCGGAAGCAUAACGUGAGCGUCAACGGUGAGGCGGAUGAGGUGGCUUGUUUGUACAAGGAGGAAGUUGUCGAAGGAGUUUGCGUAAAACUGGCCCCGCAACGGAAGGUUAUUCGUGAGAUUUUGCUGAGCUUGGUGGUGGUCUUGGUGGCGAUCGCGAUGGUGGUGACGGUUUGGUGGGUUUUCGUGACGAUUAAUAAAAAGUGCUAGUAUAUUUAAUAUGUGUUUAGAAAUAUAGGUAUAAGUCAAAGAUUGAAAAAAAUCAAUUACCGUGAACAUGAAAAUAUCCAUCAAAUUUCUUAUGAAUAUGCCUUGGAAGUCUCAAACUUACAUAUUUUACCUCCAAUAAAAAGUUUC